AUGGCCUGCUGUAACACCUGCUCCACCAGCUUCUGUGGCUUCCCCAGCUGCUCUACUCGGGGGAACUGUGGGUCUAGCUGCUGCCAAGACAGCUGUGGGACCAGCUGCUGCCAACAGGGAGGCUGUGGGACCGGCUGUGGGACCAGCUGCUGCCAACAGGGAGGCUGCGGCGUUGGCUCUGGGAUCGGCUCUGGGAUCGGUUCUGGGAUCAGCUCCAGGAUCGGCUGUGGAUCCAACUGUGAGACCACCUGCAGGACCAGGUGUUACAUUCCCAAGUGCUGUGGAGGCGAGAGCUGCCGCACCAGGUGGUGCCGCCCAGACUGCAGGGUUGAGGGUACUUGCCUGCCACCUUGCUGUGUGGUUAGCUGCACUUCUCCAUCUUGCUGCCAGCUCCACCACACCCAGGCUUCUUGCUGCCGCCCAUCCUACUGUGGCCAGUCUUGCUGCCUUCCAGCCUGCUGCUGCUACUGCUGUAAGCCCACUACCUGCUGUGAGCCUACCUGUUAA